AUGUUGGCCCCAAACACAGUGAACGAGCUCUACCUAGGACAAGCCCGCGCAAGCGGCAGCACAAAAGACUGCAUGGCCCUCUACGACCGCUGGGCCGAAACAUACGACGAUGAAGUCACCGACGAAGCCCAAAACUACGUUGCACCAGUCCUCGUCGCUCAAGCAGCCAUCAGAUACGGAUUAUCUGGAUCCGGAGCAACAAACAGCAUUAUCCUUGAUGCCGGCUGCGGGACAGGUCUGGUGGGCGUGGCACUUGGACUCGCAAAGGCGAAGGCAAUUGACGGAAUCGACUUGUCUGAGCCUAUGCUGAACAUUGCCCGGCGAACGGGCGUUUACCGGGAUCUCUCGGUAGCGGAUAUGAAUGCCCCGAUUCCGAAAGACGAUGAGACGUAUGAUGUUGUUUCUUGUGUGGGCACGUUCACUCUUGGGCAUGUGGGACCGGACCCUGCAUUGCGAGAGCUUGUGCGAGUGGCCAAGACGGGGGGUAUUGUGGUUUCGACGAUUUUGGAGGAGAUUUGGGUGUCUGGUGGGUUCCAGGCUGAGGUUGAGAAGCUCAAGAGGGAGGGAUUGGUUGAGGUUGUCACCGAGGAACUUAUAGACUAUGUAAAAGGUCACGGCGACAAGGCCGUGCUGCUUAUUUUAGAGAAGAUCGACCGCGCCUGA